AUGGACAAUGACGAUGAUGACGAAGAUGAGGAGGACGACAGCAACGAAGAUCAAGAAGUCGACAAGAAAGGCGACGAUGAAGAGGACGAUGUCGAUGAAGAGGACGACGUCGAUGAAGAGAAAGACGACGAUAAAGAGGACGAUGUCAAUGAAGAGAAAGACGACGAUGAGGAGAAAGACGACAAUGAAGAGGACGAUGUCUUUGAAAAGAAAGACGACGAUGAAGAGGACGAUGUCAAUGAAGAGAAAGACGACGAUGAGGAGAAAGACGACAAUGAAGAGAACGAUGUCUUUGAAAAGAAAGACGACGAUGAAGAGGACGAUGUCAAUGAAGAGAAAGACGACGAUGAGGAGAAAGACGACAAUGAAGAGAACGAUGUCUUUGAAAAGAAAGACGACGAUGAAGAGGACGAUGUCAAUGAAGAGAAAGACGACGAUGAGGAGAAAGACGACAAUGAAGAGAACGAUGUCUUUGAAAAGAAAGACGACGAUGAAGAGGACGAUGUCAAUGAAGAGAAAGACGACGAUGAGGAGAAAGACGACAAUGAAGAGAACGAUGUCUUUGAAAAGAAAGACGACGAUGAAGAGGACGAUGUCAAUGAAGAGAAAGACGACGAUGAGGAGAAAGACGACAAUGAAGAGAACGAUGUCUUUGAAAAGAAAGACGACGAUGAAGAGGACGAUGUCAAUGAAGAGAAAGACGACGAUGAGGAGAAAGACGACAAUGAAGAGAACGAUGUCUUUGAAAAGAAAGACGACGAUGAAGAGGACGAUGUCAAUGAAGAGAAAGACGACGAUGAGGAGAAAGACGACAAUGAAGAGAACGAUGUCUUUGAAAAGAAAGACGACGAUGAAGAGGACGAUGUCAAUGAAGAGAAAGACGACGAUGAGGAGAAAGACGACAAUGAAGAGAACGAUGUCUUUGAAAAGAAAGACGACGAUGAAGAGGACGAUGUCAAUGAAGAGAAAGACGACGAUGAGGAGAAAGACGACAAUGAAGAGAACGAUGUCUUUGAAAAGAAAGACGACGAUGAAGAGGACGAUGUCGAUGAAGAGGACGACAAAGAAGAUGACCAGGACGAAGAUGAUGAAGAGAAGACUAUGAAGCUAAUGACGAAAGAAUUAAUCACAAUGAAAAUGAAGAAGAGACUUGAUAGACGUGGGAAAAUAUCAAAGGGUAAGGAUUAAAACUUUAAGAGCAAUUAAUGUUACGGUUAGUAAAAUGUUAGUACUCACAUCGUUUUUUGGCUAAGCGAGCUGCGAAAAGAGAACGAUAGCAAAUUUUUAAUAAUUGGUUAAAGUAACAAAGUUGCAGAAAUGUUAAGGUUAAGCAGAAAUGGAGGACAAGGCAUAGUUUGACAACACUAUUUGGGAAAAAUAACCGUCUAGAGAAUGAAAUAUGUUACACUCAUUCAGUUGAAUUUAUGAAAUAUUAGCACAGUUAACUGGGCUAAUAUUUAAUAAAUUCUCCAAUCAAGUGGGAUUUUUGUGACACGUGGUGUUUACAAGUGAUUCAAUACAAAACUACAAUACAAUACAAUGUACCCAGCCUGAAAUGCUGCGGAGGCGCGUUGCGCGGCACCAUAUCACUUGACUUUUUACAACAGGUUAGCAGGUUCGAUUGAUCAACGUUGUAAGUAUAUAACAUGUGGAUAUAAUGCAUGUUUGGAUAUAGACAAGAAAGAUACAGAACUUUCUGCACAGCAUGGAGCACCAUAACUGGCUGGAAAACAGUCACAUUCAAGAAAUGAAAUACAUUAAGAUAUAUUUUCAUACAGAUCUGAAGUAAGAGAUGAUGUUAGUACAAAGCUGUUAAGAUAUGAAUUGCUGGUUCAUAAAACAUUUACUCACCAUAUGAUCCUGGUUUUUCCACACAUGUAGGCCUACUUCUUGCAUACAGAUCGGGACAGAAUGGCAUCCUGCAGCGCACCCUUUCGAUUUUACAUAUCGUUUCCUCUGGACAUCGUAACAUCUUAAAAGAAAAAUGCACUGGUGAAUUGGAGCCUUUAAAACUAUGAAAGUCACGUGAUAUAUUAAGCUUAAGAAUUCAUUGUUAAACCUAGAGAUAAAUUAUUCAAAGGGAGAGGGAACCCAGGAAAAAUAAACCCAGUAGUUUUACCAGGCUUGUUACGUUUACGAGUUCAACUUUUCAAAGGGACCCGUUGUAAUUGAGAAUUAAUGAGUAAUGAGAAAGUUCUCCGUAAGCAGUUAAAAGGAUUAUGUUAAGCAUAUCAUCAAAUUUUUUGAAAUUUUCAGGGACGUUUGUUGCCAAUACUUCUGCGUCUUCAACGCCUCAUUCAAUCAUUAUGCUGUGAUUUCAACAGUUAGAAUAGAUUGUUUUGAAUUAAGAUCGUAGCUUACUGGAUGCUUUUUAUUGAUCAAACUCAAACAAAUCAAGAAUCUCAAAUUUUAAACUACGACUGAACACAACUCAGGUCCUCUAGUCAAAUACUUUGAAUGAAUUCCAACUUCAAACGAAAUCUGUUUUGCUUAAAUCUCAAAAGAAGGAAUGAAAAACUGCAGC